AUGUUCCGACAAAGUAUUCGGCGCUUUGGCACCACUGCGCUCCGCGCAGCAGAAGGAUCGACCGCCUAUAGCGUCCGAGUGUCGCAAGCUCAGGGCUACGUUAACGGUCUUACAGAAGCAAUUGGAAACACACCACUUAUCCGAUUGAAGCGUCUUUCCGAAGAGACUGGCUGCAACAUCCUCGGUAAAGCCGAGUUCCAGAACCCCGGAGGCAGUGUCAAGGACCGUGCAGCAUUGUUCGUCGUCAAGGAUGCCGAGGAGAAGGGGCUUUUGAAGCCUGGCGGUACGGUGGUUGAGGGGACAGCUGGUAACACUGGAAUUGGGUUGGCGCACGUGUGUCGGUCAAAGGGCUACAAGCUUGUCAUCUACAUGCCCAACACGCAGUCCCAGGGUAAGAUCGACCUAUUGCGGCUGUUGGGUGCUGAGGUCUAUCCUGUCCCGGCUGUCGCCUUCGACAACCCGCAGAACUACAACCACCAGGCUAGGAGACAUGCCGAAUCCCUGGAUAACGCAGUAUGGACGAACCAGUUCGACAACACUGCCAAUCGCCAGGCUCACAUUGAGAUGACCGGGCCGGAAAUCUGGGCCCAGACUGGCGGACAGGUCGAUGCUUUCACUUGUGCUACUGGAACCGGUGGAACAUUAGCCGGAAUUACCCGUUAUCUGAAGACCGCUUCCGACGGCCGGGUGAAGUGCUUCCUCGCCGACCCCCCAGGCAGUGUCCUGCACAGCUACAUCCAGAGCGGCGGAAACCUGAUCGAUCGCUCGGGAAGCAGCAUCACGGAGGGUAUUGGCCAGGGCCGCGUCACGGAUAACCUUCAGCCCGACAUUGAUCUUUUGGAUGGGUCACUGAACAUCAGUGAUGAGAAGUCGAUCGAGAUGGUCUACCGCUGCCUCGAUGAGGAAGGUCUCUAUCUUGGAGCUAGCUCUGCGCUCAACGUUGUUGCUGCCAAGGAAGUUGCCGAGAAACUCGGGAAGGGUAAGACCGUCGUCACCAUUCUGUGUGAUGGCGCCUACCGCUACGCCGACCGUCUGUUCUCAAACACCUGGCUCCAGAGCAAGGGCCUGAGAACCGCUAUUCCUAAGCACUUGGAGAAGUACAUCGUGCUUCCCUGA